CCCUCACCCUCACCCUCACCCUCUCCCUCUCCCUCUCCCACAUGCCUCUUUACCCUCGUGAACACCGCCCCUCUCAUCCCCUACAUCUCCAUGUUCUUCGAUUCAAGCUCAAGGGAGAUUGAUUUCACAAUUCACUGUUGGUUGCUUCAAUGGCCGCUAGGAAAGCUGCCGUUGGCUUCUCCAAAGGCCUGAUCGAGGAAGUGCAUAGAUGGGGUGCCAUGAAACAGACUGGUGUUAGCCUUCGCUACAUGAUGGAAUUCGGCUCUCGCCCCACGCCCCGGAACCUCCUUAUUUCAGCUCAGUUUCUCCAUAAAGAGCUCCCUAUUCGGAUCGCCCGCCGUGCUAUUGAGCUUGACUCCCUCCCCUAUGGAUUGUCCCAAAAACCCGCCGUCUUAAAGGUAAGAGAUUGGUACUUGGAUUCUUUCCGUGAUCUUAGAUCCUUUCCGGAUAUUAAGGAUAAGAAAGACGAGUUGGAGUUUACGCAAAUGAUUAAGAUGAUUAAAGUCAGACACAACAAUGUGGUACCGAUGAUGGCGUUGGGAGUGCAGCAGUUGAAGAAAGAUCUGAAUCCUAAAAUUGAUUACGAGGAUCUGGAUGAAAUUCAUCAGUUUUUAGAUCGAUUUUACAUGUCUAGAAUUGGGAUCCGCAUGCUCAUUGGGCAGCACGUGGCCUUGCAUGAUCCAAAUCCACCUCCUGAUUGUGUAGGCUACAUACAUACAAAAAUGUCCCCGGUAGAGGUUGCAAGAAGUGCCAGCGAGGACGCACGUUCUAUUUGCUUGAGAGAAUAUGGUAGUUCACCAGACAUUAAUAUCUAUGGAGACCCUAAGUUUACAUUCCCGUAUGUGCCGACACACUUACAUUUGAUGGUCUUUGAGUUGGUGAAGAAUUCAUUACGUGCUGUUCAAGAGCGUUUUAUGGAUUCAGAUAAGGUUGCACCUCCUGUCCGCAUAAUAGUUGCUGAUGGACUGGAAGAUGUCACGAUCAAGGUCUCUGAUGAAGGAGGUGGAAUACCUAGAAGUGGUCUUCCUAGAAUUUUCACAUAUCUUUACAGUACUGCAAAGAACCCUCUAGAUGAGCAGCCUGAUAUCGACCUUGGAACAGCCACAACUAUGGCUGGUUAUGGAUAUGGUCUUCCCAUAAGCCGUUUGUAUGCUAGGUAUUUUGGAGGGGAUCUCCAGAUUAUCUCCAUGGAAGGAUAUGGCACAGAUGCCUACCUUCACUUGUCCCGGUUGGGAGAUUCUCAAGAACCUCUGCCCUGAGUGCUGAUGCGGCUGAAAACCAGUGUUGAAUAUGAUGAACUUCUAUAAAUACUGGCACUAUAAAAGAAUUUGAUCCUGAUUAUGAGCGUAAUGUACUGUUAAUCAGAAUUAAUUGUCCUAGGGAAAUUCCGAUCUUACUUGUUCGACAUUGCAAUUAUGAAUAUUGUAUAGUGUUGGAAAAAAGUAAUUUUCCAAAAGGUACUUUGGUGCAUUGAUCACAAGCUUUUCAACUGCGUUUGGGCCA